AGUAGUGAGCAUUAUAGAUAUACGUGCAUACAUGUACAUUUGUUCGCAAGUCGCAUUUUAAAUAGUCUUUUUAUAGUUUUUGACGGACAGUAUAUGUAGAUUAAAAAAAAUACGAAUUCCAUUUCCAUGUUUAACAUUUAACUUAUACAGAGAGAUAAAAAUUCCAUACAUUUCACAAAUCGAGUUCAUAAUCACUUCCCGUUGAUAAUUUAUGCGAGUGCAUUGUUUAUAUAGCACCACAACAUAAUUCAUAAUUUUUAUCAGUGGGAGUGUAAAUAAGCCGAUAUUUACAUACACCCGGCAAAUUUCAACUCGUGACUUGUGUACAUAAUGUAGUUCGCAGGUACUCUCAUAUGGACAAAUAUAGUAUUUGUAAUUUCAAGCCGUAAUCUGCACCUUUCAAAAAAGCAUUCAUUAUUAAUUGUAAUUUGGUGGCAUCGGAUUAAAGAUAUGAGGAGUCGGACUUGGAUUUCCGCCAUUCUGCUCGCCGUGGCGUCCCUCCAGUUUGUCGUCUGCGAUGUGGUAGUGACAACAAAACACGGGAAGAUCCAGGGAAUCUCGAACAACAAGACAAAGGCCUUCCUAGGGGUACCCUAUGCAGCGCCACCUGUCGGAAAAUUAAGAUGGAAGAACCCCAUCUCUGUAGCCCCGUGGUCGCCGAAGGUCUAUGACGCAACUAAAGUAAAGCCCGGAUGUCCUCAAAAAGGAUGUGAGACCAUGAACCCAGUGCUCGUCUGCCCAAAACAGACUGCAGAGGACUGUCUCUACCUUUAUAUAUGGACGCCACUGAGUGCUAAUGCCACGACGUCAUUUCCUGUUAUGGUGUAUAUUCAUGGCGGGAAUUUUGUUCACAUGAGCGCCGACUCGGAACUGUUCGAUGCGGAAGAACUCGCUUACAAGGGGCAAGUAAUCGUUGUCACCUUGGAUUAUAGAUUAGGUGCUCUCGGCUUCCUUCUGACACAGGACAGACGAGCUACUAGUAACUAUGGUAUCCUGGACCAGAGACAAGCGCUUAAGUGGGUCAGGGAAAACAUCAAGGCAUUUGGUGGAAAUCCUGAAAUGGUGACGCUGUUUGGUCAGAGCGCGGGGGCACAGUCCACGGUCGUCCACUUAAUGACCAAGGAGAGUGGUCAAUACUUCCAGCGAGCUAUUGUUGAGAGUGCCCCUCUGUCCAUCCCGUUCAAGACCGAAGAGGAGAUGAUAUUUAUCAGCAACAUGCUAUUUGAUCAACUCAACUGCUCCCCCAAGGAUUUGGAUUGUUUAAACAAAUUCAGCGCCGAUGACAUUGCCGAGGCGCAGUUAAAAAUUCGCCAGUAUCCCUCCUCCAUAAAGCUCUUAGAGUUUUUCGAGCCGUGGGUUCCGUACGUCGACGGCGUUGUGGUUCCAUCCCAGCCAUUAGAUGCCUUCCGAAAAGGCAUCGUCAUGAAUAAACCAUUGUUAAUGGGAAGUCUGACCGAGGAAACGCGGGUUUUUAUUUACGAAGCUUACAAUCAGUCACUGUCUGCGUUAGAGUACAGUCUUGCAUUAACACUCACGUUCCCAAAGAAACCUUUAGAUGUUCUACAGAUGUACCCACCGACGGUGGCACCCGACCAACGAGACGGGCUUCAGAUUCCUGCCACCGACUUCAUCUUCACGUGUAGCACGAGAAAUUUCACGCGAAACGUCCUGAAACAAAAUGGCGGACGGGUCUGGACCUACGUGUAUGACCACGCCUUCUCGUUUCCGGGAUGGGGACGGUUUUCUUUCUGCGAAGGCCAUGUCUGUCAUGGGUCCGAAAUUCCGUUCGUGUUUCAAUCGGCUAAAAUUGGGAAUUUCACGAUGACGCCAGAUGAACUUAAGCUAUCAAAUUCCUUGAUUACUUACUGGUCUAACUUCGCAAAAACAGGGGAUCCAAACAGAGGUGCUCCGGUAACUCUGCAGUGGCCCGCCUUUAAGUCUGACUCACUGUGGCCCCAGAUGUUCUUUGCGACUCCUAAAAAUUCUGUGAAGAGCUCUUAUCGCAAGGAAUUCUGUGACUUUUGGGAUUCCCUUGGUUACACUCCCUUAUAAUUAGAAAAUAAAUAUUUAAAAACGAAAUAAGUAGGUUUUUUAAAUUAAAACUUGUAUGAACUUUUCAACCUCAAUAUCAUGAUUUUACUAGAAUGUAAAACUUGCUUCUUGUUUUUAGAAGGUUAUAUCCGCUAUUCAACAAUUAAAUUGGAAUUAUACAUGUAUUUUGUAUAAAUAACUGCGGAAGUAAAGAGGAAUGCUGUGGAGAAAAAUGUUCAGAUAAAGCAGAAAUAAACGACAUGUUAAGUAAACUGAACCAAAAAAAGUUGAUUGAAAUAACAUGUAUAAUUAUUUUGAGAUCUAACAUACAUGGUUAAAUGAAUAAAAAGUAAAGCUUUAUAAACA